ACACCCGAUGACCCUGUGGGGCCCUCAGCCCUACACUACUGAUACAAUAUAGAUGAAUUUCAAAAACAUGUCCAGUGAGAGAAUCCUGGCCCCAGAGAAUACAUAUUGCAUGAUUACAUUUAUAUGAAGUUCUUGAACAGGCAUAAGUAAACUAUAGUGUGAAACGUCAGCACAGUGUGUGUAUCUCUGUGUGUAGAGAUAAAGGUGUGGCCUUCUAAGGCAGUGGGAAGACAAGCAUGCUAGGAGCCAAAGAGUUUAGGGUGCUGGGCGUUGCCUGAGCAUUCCUAAGAAUGCUUGAAACCUUGCAGGAAUUGCUGAGUCUCUUGGAGUUUGAGACAGUUUUGUUUACAUGAUGGAAUUGUGAUAAGAUUAGCUGGCACUCUUGGACUCCGAUAAAACCGGCAACUUGGCCUGGAAACGCAGUGUCCUCCCAUCUGGCCUUCUAAUUAGUUAUGGUUCCAACCCCCAGGGCCGCAUUCCUACUUGCUUUGCACCAGCAGGCUUGGCAUUUGUUCUCAGAGGGUCACAGAAACCUUUGUUUCUACUUAGAACACGUUUCCUGGGGAAGUUUAGGUGUACAACUGACCGGAUCCAGAGAUAGCAGCACUUUGUUGUAAAAUCGUAAGAAGAGCUUGUUCUCUCAGACAAGCCACUGCCCAGUAGGCCAAUCUCAAAAGAGCCCUUAAAUAGUGUGGUCUUUGGCCAGGCCGUCAUCGAGGGUUUAUUCCCAGUUUUGGCAAGCGUCAGUAUUUCUUUUGCAUGUGCGAUUGGCUUUCUUAAUCAAUGUAACAGCAGACCCCUGGCCUCCGGAUGAAAAGGGCCACGAGGGUUCACUAAGUGCAUGCUCUGGGCCAGCCACUGCCUAGGACCUUUCUUAGGAUUUGAUCAUCAAGCACCCCUGUAGACAAUGGCCCUUGUGUCUGCCGAUUCCCGAAUUGCAGAACUUCUUACAGAACUCCAUCAGCUGAUCAAGCAAACCCAGGAAGAGCGUUCGCGGAGUGAACACAACUUAGUGAACAUCCAGAAGACCCACGAGCGGAUGCAGACAGAGAACAAGAUUUCUCCCUAUUACCGGACAAAGCUGCGUGGCCUCUACACAACCGCCAAGGCCGAUGCAGAGGCUGAAUGCAACAUCCUACGGAAAGCUCUGGACAAGAUUGCCGAAAUCAAGUCUCUGUUGGAGGAGAGGCGGAUUGCGGCCAAGAUCGCGGGUCUCUACAAUGACUCAGAGCCGCCCCGGAAGACCAUGCGCAGAGGGGUGCUGAUGACCCUGCUGCAGCAGUCGGCCAUGACCCUGCCCCUGUGGAUCGGGAAGCCUGGUGACAAGCCCCCACCCCUCUGUGGGGCCAUCCCUGCUUCAGGGGACUAUGUGGCCAGACCUGGAGACAAGGUGGCUGCCCGGGUGAAGGCUGUGGAUGGGGACGAGCAGUGGAUCCUGGCCGAGGUGGUCAGUUACAGCCACGCCACCAACAAGUAUGAAGUAGAUGACAUCGAUGAAGAAGGCAAAGAGAGACACACCCUGAGCCGGCGCAGGGUCAUCCCGCUGCCCCAGUGGAAGGCCAACCCCGAGACAGACCCCGAGGCCUUGUUCCAGAAGGAGCAGCUUGUGCUGGCCCUGUAUCCCCAGACCACCUGCUUCUACCGGGCCCUGAUCCACGCGCCCCCACAGCGGCCCCAGGCUGAGGCUCGGGAGGGUGGGUUGUAGGUCUGCAGGACUGUCUGCCGUCCUGGUCAGUGGUGUGACCCAUCUUGUGUUGGCUCCUUCUGAGUGUCAGUUUCUACACAGCCACAGCACAGAGGAGUUGGAGGAAGCAUGAGGCUCCUGGGACUCAGCUCAGUUUUCCAGAUGGCAACACGGGCCCUAAUCAGGACCUCCACAGAGCCAGGGGUCAGGUUGAGAAGCUGCUUCCCACAGGGCCCCAGGGGCUCACCU